AUGGAUGAAAGUCUCAAAGGAAAGAACCGGGAAGGGCUGCUCGAUAGUCCCGAUUCGGGUUUGCCUCCGAGCCCCAGUCCGCCUUUCUGCUCCCUGUCCCCCGGGUUGAUCGAGUCGCGCUCCAGCAGCUGCACGACCCCUGACCACCAGCAAAACCACCACAACACAUGCUUAAGAAAGGAAGGCAAACUGCUGCCCUACCUCCUGCUCAGCUCCACAGGCAGCGACGCCAGGACCCGGAUGCACCCAGUGUUUUAUGGAGAAAGUAUCGAGGUCAACCCCACGUCAGAGCAGGAAGUCAAGUGCAGCUCGGAGGUCAAGUACGACUCAGACCGCCACUAUCGGGACCAGGUGUACUGCGCGCCCGUGCCCACCCCCACCGGCUUCAGCGAGACCGUGGUGACCGUCCCCAACUGCACCUGGAGGAGCUACAAGUCCCAGGUGUACCUCGAGCCGCGGCAGAGACCCCAGAAUUACCGCACCACCACCAUCAUCUACCCCAAACACGCCAAAAGCACUUACCGCACCACGCUCAGCUACAAGGCCUCGGGGUCUCGGCGCUGGUUUGUGUCCACCGUCCAACUGGAGUCCAGCGAAGACUCCAGCCCCUGCAUCAUCUACACGGAGGACUUAUGA